UCAUAGCGGGCACAGAUAAGAAGGAGGACAUAACAAAACGUUUUGAAGACGAUAUAGAAAAGCUGAAAGAUAGAGUCAUUACAAAAGCAAUUUUGAUGGGUGUAAAGGACAAUGUAGUCACAGUGAAGAAAUCUACUAGAACGUACGGUGAACAAUUGGAGAAAGCGUUCAGCAAGAUUGAUUCUCCAGAGAUCACCACCAUCGUAUUAGUUUAUUCGGGUCAUCAUGGGGAUGAAGGAUUUCAAUUAGACGCCCAUACGCUGAAAGACAGUGAGCUUGAACAGAAAUUCAAUUGUCUUAAACAUGUGACGAAAGUAAUUGUAUUUCUAGAUUGUUGUCACCCAAAGAUGCUUAAUCUGGGCAAAAAAGCGGUAUUACAGUUUAAUGCCGUAACAAGCAAACAAAAAGCUAUUUGUGGACCAACAGGUAGCCAGUUUGUAAAUGACAUUGUCAAAGUAUUGACAAAUCCAUGGGAAUGUAAGUGUUGCAAAAAUACACCUUUAAUAAGAGAUUAUGACAUGCACAAGUAUUUCAACAACCACCCUUACAAUUCGUCGAUAGAACCGUCACAACUUUCAAACACAGAUGGAGAUCAUGACCACAUUCUUACGUUUAGACUGGUGGACCCUGGAUGGCUGAAAGCAUUGGAAGAUUCAUUAGACAUCAGCCCAUUGCAAAAUUUGAAAAAGGAGCUAUUUAAACUAUACGACAACACUGCAAGCACAUUGUCCAUUCGGCUUGAUAUCGAUGAGGCACUUGAGAAAAUAUAUGAAUGUCCUAAACUUACUCUAAAAGAAAAUGGCAAAGACGAAGGGGACGAUAUAGCUGAAUUGAAUGACAUUUUUCAAAUCAAGGAGGGCACAUUGGCUAAACAGUAUUUGUUGAAGGCGAGCCUGGGUCGGGAAAGUCUUCCCUUUGAACGAUGCUCUGAAUCGUGCGACAAGGAACGAUGCUCUGAAUCGUGCGACAAGAGCAACUCAUCUCCUAGAUCCAAAUACAAGGAAAUUAUACCCACCCUGAGCAAAAUAGCAUUUGCAAAGUUAUUUGCUGAAGAUGAAAAUCAAACAAUUGUAUUUGAAAUCGAUGCGGAGGAGAAUGUGAACUUUGAGAGUCAAAAAACUGCAUCUCUUGAAUCUGGCAUCAUAUCCUGCACCAAUGUUCCAGGUGAUUCCCGCAAUAUUACUUCUUGCACAAAACUGUUCAAGAGUACCUAG